AGUCAGCUUGAGCUUGCUGCUGUCGUGUGUGCUGAGACGCUCUGCAGUGCAGCCUCCUCUUCUGUUUGGUGGAUAGAGAGAGGGACCUGACUGCAAGCUGAAGGCUCUGGUCCUUUUCCCCAGUCAACAGCAACCCCUCCACCCUCCCCCUCCCACCUACCCCCCCUUAUCUUGAACCACAACCAGCUGGGAAAACAAUGAUCAAUAAUUUGAACGAAUGUGAUGAUGGUGAUGGUGGUCCAAACCAGGGAGAUGCCAACCCCAAGGAAAGCAGUCCAUUCAUUAACAGUACUGAGGCUGAGAAAGGAAGAGAAUAUGAUGGGAAAAACAUGGCUCUAUUUGAGGAAGAAAUGGACACCAGCCCUAUGGUGUCAUCUCUUCUUAGUGGACUGGCCAACUACACCAACCUUCCCCAGGGGGUAAAGGAGCAUGAAGAGGCUGAAAAUAAUGAAGGAGCCAAGAAAAAGCAAGUCAAGGCAACACGAAUGGGUACAAUCAUGGGAGUCUACUUUCCCUGCCUGCAGAAUAUCUUCGGAGUCAUAUUGUUCUUACGUCUGACGUGGGUUGUGGGUGUUGGCGGGAUCAUGGAAACUUUCUUCAUUGUCAUCUUGUGCUGCUCCUGUACCAUGCUGACAGCAAUCUCGAUGAGUGCCAUCGCUACUAAUGGUGUUGUGCCAGCUGGUGGCGCCUACUACAUGAUCUCACGCUCAUUGGGUCCUGAAUUUGGUGGUGCGGUAGGUCUUUGUUUCUACCUGGGAACAACAUUUGCUGGUGCCAUGUACAUCCUGGGUACCAUUGAAAUCCUGCUGACCUACAUAUUCCCUGGUAUGGCAAUUUUCAAAGGCGAGGAAGCCAGUGAGGAAGCAGCAGCCAUGUUGAAUAACAUGCGUGUGUAUGGAACGUGUGUCCUCACCUGCAUGGCUCUAGUAGUCUUUGUAGGAGUUAAAUACGUCAACAAGUUUGCUCUGGUAUUCCUGGCAUGUGUCAUCUUAUCCAUUCUUUCUAUUUAUGCUGGAGUAAUCAAAUCUGCAUUUGACCCACCAAACUUCCCUGUCUGUAUUCUAGGGAACAGGACAUUGUCACAGAGUGAUUUUGAUAUUUGUGCCAAAGUGAUCACUGUGGCCAAUAAGACCGUGACCACCAAACUUUGGCGACUCUUCUGCACGUCUGAUUUGCUGAAUGCAACAUGUGAUGAAUACUUUAUGAACAAUAACGUCACUGAAGUACAAGGGAUCCCAGGAGUCGCCAGUGGACUUAUAGCAGAGAAUUUGUGGUCGAAUUAUCUGACUAAAGGUGUGUUUGUGGAGCAUAGUGAACUGCCUUCUGUCCCCGUCACCUCCAGGAAAGUUGACUUGGAGCAACCUUAUGUUUUCACUGACAUUUCAUCAUUUUUCACACUGCUGGUCGGCAUCUACUUCCCUUCAGUAACAGGAAUCAUGGCUGGUUCAAAUCGUUCCGGAGAUCUUAGGGAUGCCCAGAGGUCUAUUCCAAUUGGUACCAUCAUGGCGAUUGCAACAACUUCUGCAGUCUAUGUAUCCACUAUUAUUCUCUUUGGUGCAUGUAUAGAAGGUGUGGUGCUCCGAGACAAAUUUGGAGAGGGCGUGAAUGGGAAUCUUGUCAUUGGAACGUUGUCCUGGCCAAAUCCUUGGGUCAUUGUGAUUGGCUCAUUCUUCUCGACAUGUGGCGCUGGUCUUCAGAGCCUGACAGGCGCCCCUCGCCUCUUGCAGGCCAUCUCUCGAGAUGGGAUUGUACCAUUCCUACGGGUGUUUGGCCAUGGAAAAGCAAACGGUGAACCCACCUGGGCCCUGCUACUGACAGCAUGUAUCUGUGAAACCGGAAUCCUCAUUGCCUCUCUAGAUGAAGUAGCCCCCAUCCUUUCCAUGUUCUUCUUGAUGUGUUAUAUGUUUGUGAACCUGGCUUGCGCUCUGCAGACUCUACUCCGAACUCCGAACUGGAGACCCCGAUUCAAAUAUUACCACUGGGCUAUGUCAUUCCUGGGAAUGAGCCUGUGUCUGGCCCUGAUGUUUAUAUGCUCUUGGUACUAUGCCAUUGUGGCCAUGGUAAUAGCUGGACUUAUCUACAAGUAUAUUGAAUUCAAUGGAGCUGAGAAAGAAUGGGGUGAUGGAAUCCGUGGCGUGUCUCUCAGUGCGGCCCGCUACGCUCUACUCCGGCUUGAAGAAGGUCCUCCGCACACCAAGAACUGGAGGCCCCAACUUCUUGUGCUUGUAAAGGUGGACCAAGAUCAGAAUGUCAAACAUCCACAACUUCUGGCAUUCACCUGCCAGCUGAAGGCUGGGAAAGGACUCACUAUUGUGGGCUCUGUGUUACAGGGCAGCUUCCUGGAAAAUCACACCCAGGCCCAACGGGCUGAGGAGUCGAUUAAACGUCUCAUGGAAGUGGAGAAGGUGAAGGGGUUCUGCCAGGCAGUCGUAUCGUCCAACCUGCGCGAUGGCAUGUCCCACCUCAUCCAGUCAUGUGGUCUAGGAGGAAUGCAGCACAACACUGUCCUGAUGGGUUGGCCAAGAGCUUGGAGGCAAUCUGAUGAUCCCAGAACGUGGAAAAAUAUAAUUGAAGUGGUUCGAGAAACAACCGCAGGCCGCUUAGCCCUUCUGGUGGCUAAGAAUAUUGCAGCCUUCCCAUCCAGUCAGGAGAGGUACUCUGAGGGUUAUAUCGAUGUCUGGUGGAUAGUCCAUGAUGGAGGAAUGCUGAUGCUGUUGCCGUUCCUUCUCAGGCAGCACAAGGUGUGGAAGAAGUGCAAGAUGCGCAUUUUUACAGUGGCCCAGAUGGAAGAUAAUAGUAUCCAGAUGAAGAAGGACCUUAUCGUAUUCCUCUAUCACCUGCGUAUUGUAGCCGAAGUGGAAGUCGUAGAGAUGCAUGACAGUGACAUCUCAGCUUAUACUUAUGAGCGAACACUGAUGAUGGAGCAGCGGUCCCAGAUCCUGAAGGAAAUGCAACUGACGAAGAAUGAGAGAGAGCGUGAGAUUCAGAGCAUCACCGAUGAAUCGCGUGGCUCCAUUCGUCGUAAACAUCCAGCGAAAGCCAAGCUGCGCAUGGGAUCUCAGGAGGAACAGGAGGGAAGUGUUGAAGAGAAGCCUGAGGAGGAGGUUCAGUUGAUUCUUGACAAAACAGUUUCCACUCAGUCAAUAGCUUCUCAGUCACCUGCAGAUGAAGUGAGCACACCUGGAGAGAAAGUUCACAUGACCUGGACAAAAGAUAAGUUAACAGGAGAUAAGAACAAAAACAAAGGACCUGUGACACCAGAAGAAAUCCGGGAUCUCUUCAGUAUGAAACCUGAGUGGGAGAAUCUAAAUCAGUCAAAUGUUCGGCGGAUGCACACAGCAGUGAAACUGAAUGAAGCUAUUGUGAAGAAGUCGCAAGAAGCAAAGCUGGUCCUCCUGAACAUGCCUGGACCUCCUAAAAAUCGGAACGGAGAUGAAAACUACAUGGAGUUUCUGGAAGUGUUGACAGAAGGUCUGGAACGCGUGCUGUUGGUCCGUGGCGGAGGCCGAGAAGUUAUCACCAUUUACUCCUGAGCAUCAGUCCUGACCUGCGUUCACAUAAUGAACCCAUCACAGCUUUUUCUCAGUAACUCCUAGUCUCUUCUCAAUGUAUAAUAUUUCUCGUGCAGCUAAUGAAACAUUCUAUUCAAUUCCUGGCAAUGGUAUUUGUAAAAUGUUUCCUGUUGGAGGCAUGAUAGAAAGUAAUACUGAAAGACCAGUAAGGGGAAUGCUCACCGACACAGCUUCUUGUCAUAAAUUACUUUGCUUAUGCCUGUCUUCAGUUGUUCUCUAGGAACUUGCCAUUCAAGUACAAUAUUAGAAAGCUAUCAUUAUAAUACAUGGGCACUGAAGGUGUCAGUAACCCAUUCUGGGAUGUAUGGCUACAUACACAAAUUGGCAACAUUAAUAAUGCAAGGGAAAACUUUCCAGAAAACAUCCUAUUUACAAUUUAAACCUUGGUGCAUCAUGUGUGGAUUACUCCACAGGUGAGCUGUUCGUUAAGGUAGUCAUUCAAGGCCAGAAUCCUUCUACUUUACACAAGAUUAUUAGGCAAGAAUUUGGCUUACUUGCAUCUGCGAUGCAACCUUGUCAUUCUCCAAACAUCCAGUAUAAAUGAAUGAAAAACUGGCCCUUUGGCUGGUGUUUAUCCAGUUGAAGGCUCAUCUAUUCAAGAUGGACUCAGUUUCCAAGAUACCACUGGGGGCAGGUGAAAAAAGAAAGCUAUUUAUUUUUAGAGGAUGUAAAAUAGAUAAAAUAUGGUAUAUUAGAUACAAAUAAAGUAAAAUAAAAUAUAAAGUGGGAAAGAGAAGCUUGGGGGUAAGUUGAUGUUACAUUUAAGUGUUGUGUUUCUUUGUAUUGUCAAUACUGUUUUCUGAUUGAACAAGUAUUACAAUAAUAAUACUGCUCUUGCUGUUUCAGUAACCUUAAUACUUAUCAUUGUUUCAGCAAGACACUAGUUCUCUUGCAGUUUAAGGGUUAAUCGGAUUCAUCAGUUGAUGUGAAACCGCUCCAUAUUCAUUAUAUAUGUUACACACUGUACAAUUAGUUAAGAUGCGCAUUCUCCAAUAAUAUUUAUCCAAAAUACAUUAGGUUUUGUGGACUGCAUUUCAAAACAUCUCGAUAAUCCUUUCUCACAUAUUUAGUGUUCUUAAGGUUGUGAUUUUUUUUGGCUGGAGUGAAUUGAGAAGGAAAAUAUGAGCAAUAUGAAUAUAUUUUCACAGAUAAGAAGCAUUUUUCACUGACCCUGAUAAAGGAUAUUCAGUUAUUGCUGAUUAUGUAUAUACUAUAAAUAGCAAAUUACUGUAACCUGAAAGAAGGGCUGAUAUAUAUUACUCAAGGAGAUAUGUGCAUCUAGAGAAUAUUAGCAGUCGUUUAUUACAAGGUUCACAAAUUAAAAGUUACUACUCAGAAAGUGUGUUUCCUAAUUAGAAACCCUAAAAUGUAAAUUAUUAAUAUCUAUCACAGCAUAUUGCAAUUUUUGUGUUUCAUUUCUUGACAUAUCAAACUAAUUGUGAUUAGGAGCCAAUAUCAAACAUGUAAUUAGAUAAACUUGAUCAAUUUUCAAAAUUAUAUGGCAACAUAGAACAUAAAAAUUAAUGAUUUGGGCAGUUUGCUCAUGUAUUUAAAAGCUGUGUCUUGUGGGCAUUUCUCUUUGAUGAUAAUUUGUUACAUGCUGCAUUUUAAUAGAUUUCUACAACUGAAACAAGCUGUAUUUAGUUUUUGAUCAUUCAGUGCAUUUAUUGGGGAAACAUGAUCAGAAUAUAUAAAAUUUGAUCUAUUCAAACAGAGUGGGGAAAAUGAAGCAUUUAGUAGCAGAACAGUUUUGCGAAAGAUAAAAUGACUCUGAAAUUCAGGAAAUUAACUUGUUAUAGCAAAUUAUCAAACAAAAAUUCUAGAGUAGACAGCUGCACAAUCUUAGCUUUAACAUCAAAGCAACUACCUAGAGUUACAAUUAUACACACAAAUGUUUAACACUUCAGACAUUCACUUGUUUCAAGAAGAUUUGUAUUUUCAAGACUGUUACAUACUGAAGAUUAGGAUUUUGAUUGCAAAAUGACAUAACAAUUUCCAAAGCAUCUUCUGAUUCUCAAUCUUUACUUCACUAAAAUUCAUUUUGUUGUUUCAGUGAUUCUUUACUUUCAGAACCUAUUUUAUGGUAUUUCCUUGGAAAUAGGCUUGCAAAAAGGCAACAUUUAAAUAUUCAUUGUGGUACAUAAAACUGAAGUAAUAAUGGUAUGCAUUUAGUGGCCACAAGAUGUCACAAAUGGUUUAGUCACCAUUUCUUAAAUAUUUCUUAUUUUCACCCUCAUAUUAUUUUUCAUUAUUUUAACCAAUAAUUAAAACAGUAUUCAUCUUUAAAAAUAUUAGAGCUCUUUGGUUUAUUUUGUAUGACUAUUACCAGACAAUUUUUUGUAUCUCAUACAUUUUCCCGAUGACACCAAUUCUAUCAACAAUGAUAAUCAUAUUGUCUUUGCAUUUUUCAAUUUGUCAUGAAUGUGUUUUGUUUCUGAGUCAAUGAGAGAGAGAGAGUGUGACCUCGUAAAAAUACAAGUUCACUGUUAAAUUCAUUUAAUUGCUACAGUGAUUAUCACUGGUUGCGCGCAAUGUGCUUCACUGAGUGUUGCCGUAUCCCAUUCGCAUAUACCCACAACGGUGCAACUUCAGGAAUUACUCAAACCUGGUAACAUGCACAGCAACAGUGCAUGCAAAAAACCACUACACAAUAUUAUUCAAAACAUCAAAUACAGGAACCAAUGUUAAAUUGGAUAAUUGGUUAUUAAAUUAAUGGGAUAAAUAAUCCAAUAUUUAUUUUGAAUCUCCAUUCAAUAGACCUAGAUAAUAUUUAACCCAUUUCCUUCAUUAGCCAUAAUUGCAAUAAUCAGCAACCUGAACUUUCUCAUACCAUGCAAAUUCAUACAAGUAUAAAAAAAUUGUAAAUUGUUAAUUAUGGAAGAGUCUGUCAUUUAAAUGAUAAGAAAACGGUUUAAAACCUAUUGAUAAAAUGUGACAAUUUCUAGCAGUAUUUACGAGAACAUUAUUGGCUAGUUUCUCUUGGAUGUUUUGAAUAUUUCUUAAUGCAACUAUGGGUACUUCCCCUGACCAUUUUCAAACAUUGUCUGUUGGAUUUCACCAGCUAAUACAUACCUGAAAGUGCCUACAGCUAUCUACUAGACAGAUAUUAAAAGUACUGACAGGUACUUCAUUGACCUUUUCUAACCUUGUUUAGACAUUUUGCUAGCCUGCAAACAAGUGUAUUUCUGUAUGCACUAAAUAGUUACUAUCAGUAUAUAAAAGUAAUGUAUUAGCCAGUUUCUUACAGUAAUAAUUUGUCAUUUUAAUCAUAAAUAUUCACAGGAUUCUAUAGUGAUUACAGAAAUCUACCAGCCAAAUUGUAAAAGUAUUUAUUAGCAUUUUUCUAAUGAAGAUAACCCACAACUGUUUACUGAAACCAUUGUAUUUGUAACUACUGCUAUUUGCUUGUCAAUUUCUAAUCGUAUAACAGAUUUAUUUAGCCAACUGAUUUUUAGUUCCCAUCAGAACAAUGUAUUGUUCUGAUGGGAACUAAACAUCAGUUGGAUAAAUGAAUCUGUUAUGCCGUAUUGUUCUGCUUCAAUAAGUACCUAGAAAAAAGUUAUUUACUCAAACUCUUAUUAACACCUAUAGAUGCUAAAAAAAAGUGAUUGCACAUACGUAUUUAUCAGACAGUUUCAAUAGACAUGUACUAGCCUUUAUUUAUUGGACAUCUGUUAUUGAUUCCAAUGGUAUUAUUAUUUUUCAGGCAGCUUCAAAUGUAUCAAUAUAGCUUCUACUAAAUCCACUGAUAUCUAUUUAUUGGACAGUUCCAUUGUUUACUUUAUUUACUAUACUGGUUCUAAUCAAAGAUGUGGACAUUUCAUUGACUGAACAGCUUCUGUUAGUAAGCAUGGGUGUUUAAUUACCGGACAAUUACUCUCGGUACUUGCAGGUGUUUAUUUGCUGGACAGUUAGCUUAUGUAUACAUGGGGAUUUAUUCGCUGGACAAUUAUAAUGCUCUUACAUGCCCCUUCUCCUGAUGGUUUCUAUCAGUGCAGUUAAGCUUCGAGCUUCCAGUGUCUUCCCGGGAUAGGAUUAUUCAGUGUUGUAAGAACUCUACAUCUUCAUAAUUACAUUCGGAUUCAAUUAGUAUGUUCAUAUGAUUUAUAGCCUUUGUUGAAUUGGUCAUUCUGCAAAUGGCACGGAUUUAUAAAAUAAGCCAAAGAGGAAAACUCUAAAAUCAGACACUUCAUGCAGUCAUGCAAAUACAACAAACCUUCCAUCAUGGAUGUUCAGACAUUUAUUUUUUUUAAAGUAGAAAUUAUGAAGAUCUAUGAUACCAGACAAUUUAUUGCAGAAUUUGUUCCACUGAUUUAAUUAAUUAAAUUAAAGUGUUAUUGCCUGUUGCCGCAACAUGAUCUUGUGCAUGCGCCUUUGGUUUUGCAAACACAGUUACUGUAAAAAGUCAUUGGGAUAUCAACCAUUGAAUGGUCUGGUCAUUUUUCCAGAAAAUGUACCUAAAUUUAUAUUUCAAAUACAAUUUGCAAAUAUGUUAUAUAGAGUAAGAUCGUUGUAGAGUUGUGUUUUCAGUAUCUAUUUCUGCCUUCUUUAAUCAAUCAUGUGUUAGGUGUAGUUGCAGUAUUUAUAUCCUUUUAUCUUUUUAAUAUAAUUUCAGUUAAAAGGAUCACUAACAUGAGUUUGAAUAUUUCAUUCUGUAGCAGCCAUCUGUGCAUGUACUUAGGGUAGGAGGGUUGGGGUAGAAAUAAUUAUGAGAUCUUAGCAGUGGGGUUUCUACUUAUGCCACCAAUGCCAGCAACUCUUCUAUUCAAUUUCAUAGUAUUACUUCUCUCGAAUGAUGCUACUGAGUUGUAGUUAUAACUGAAUGCAAAAAAAAGGUAAUAUGCAAAAUACCAAUCUGCUUGCUCUAAAUUUCAUUCAUAAAAGGACUUUAUCCCAAAUCACUUUUAUAAAUGUGUUGGUGCACCAUUUAAAAGUAAAAUCUAUUUUGAUUCAGUAGUUUACAUGUUAAUGAAUGCCAAGAUAAUUUUACACUUGUCUAUUAUCACAUUCUUUGCUGAAGUACAGUUGACAUAUCUUUCUGUGAAUGGUCAGCACAAGCUUAAAUUUAUUACCCUUGGCUGCACUGACAAAGUUAACUAUGGUUUCAUGUAUGUAAAUUGAAUAUUCAACUUCAUUGAAUAUCAAUUCUUAUGUGACUUUAGUCUGUGAAACCAAUGUAAUGAGUGGUAUGAAAGGGGGUGUUAACAAAAAUGCUAUGAUGUCGAAUGAUUGAAGAAUAAAGAACAUUGUCACCCA